AUGUCUUCCUCAGUUCCAAUUCCCUUCUCUGAACCUCCUUGGCUCAUGGGUUUACCAUCUCCUUAUUACAAUGCUUCACACCGCAAAUGGCAAAAAACAUGUCAAGCGCUUGUUUCCGAAUUACUGGGUGAAGCAGGUGAUUGGGAAAAAGAGGGAGAUGUACCCGUCAAUCUCUACCAAAAGUUCGCCAGCGCCAACUUCCUCAUCCCCAAUCUUCCCUCUCCUCUCCCUGUAAAAUGGCUCAAAGAAAUCGGCAUCACGCAUCUCCCCGGCGAUCUCCCCGUCGAAGAAUUCGACUACAUGCACACCCUAAUAUUCACGGAUGAAAUGCAUCGUUCUGGGUCUCUCGGGCCCUCCGGCGCCAUAACCACCGGGUUCGCCUUCGGGGUUCCCCCCAUCUUAAAAUUCGGUUCGCACGCCCUGCAAGCCCGUUUCCUCCCCGAUCUCCUCACCGGGAAAAAAAGAAUCUGUAUCGCGAUUACGGAACCCGGCGCCGGAAGCGACGUCAGCGCUAUUGAAACCACCGCGCGGAAAAGCGAUGAUGGAGCGGAAUGGAUCAUUGACGGGACUAAAAAAUGGAUCACGAAUGGUCUCUGGUCUGAUUACGCUACCAUGGCUGUGAGGACGGGUGGGCCGGGUCCAGGAGGUCUCUCGCUUCUGGUUGUCCCGCUACUACAGUAUCCGGGGGUGACGAUGCGUCGGAUCAAAGUGGGCGGACAGACGGCCGCAGGGACGACAUUUAUCGAGCUGGACAACGUGCGGGUGCCGCGGGAGAAUCUGAUCGGAAACGAAGGAGCGGGCAUGAAAUACAUGAUGCAGAAUUUCAACCACGAGCGGCUGAGCAUCUCGAUUUCCGUGAAUCGGAUUGCGCGCACGGCGCUGCAUCACGCGUUUGCAUACGUGCUGCAGCGGCAGGCGUUUGGGAAACCGCUGAUGGAGCAGCCGGUGGUGCGGAAUCGCUUGGCGCGGUGUGGUGCGCAGCUCGAGAGUCAUUGGGCUUGGAUCGAAGGGUUCACGUGGAUGAUGACGCAGUUGCAAGGGGAGGAUGCGGAUCGGGAGUUGGGUGGCUUGACGGCGUUGGCGAAGGCAAGGGCGGGCAUGGUGUUGGAGAGUUGUGCGUCGACUGCGGUGUUGCUUUUCGGGGGGAAUGGGUAUACGAAGAGUGGGAUGGGGGAGGUGGUGGAACGAAUCUUCCGCGAAAUCCCCGGCGCCCGCAUCCCCGGCGGCAGCGAAGAUGUCAUGCUCGAUCUGUCCAUCCGACAACUCGUCAAGAAUUACCAAUUGAAGAUGAAGAAUGGACUUGAGAAAGCGGGAUUGGAGAGACCGGGGGGAGGAUCGAAAUUGUGAGAUGGAGGGUUAUGGAGAGGGAAGGAGGAGUGGGGAUUGGAUGGAUGUGAGGAGAAAUGAGGAAAUAGAUGGAUGUAAGGAGGAGUGAAUGAAUGAAACAAUUCAUAUUGUACUUAUGAUGGGUAUAUUGAAGAGCUUUUAUAUGUAUGUAUAGGGAUUUGAAAACUGUAUCGUUUCAUUAAUCGUGAGUGAGAUAUGUUAUGAUAUGAUAUGAUAUGAUAUAAUAUAAUACAUACAUACCUAUCCUUAUCUAUAUCCGCACACCAAAACUUCAUAAAUUGAAUAGGUACCUACUUAGAUAGAUAUUCAAUUCAUACACUACCUAUCCUCGUUUCUCUCCCUCUCAUACUAGUAAAUCAAAUCAAUUCACCCAGCCCAGCCCAGAUCAAAUCAAAUCAAAUCAAAUCGGACACAUUCACCAACUCAUCGCUCAUCGCUCAUCGCUCAUUUCAAAAUCAUCAUCAUCAUCAUAAUUAUAUUAGCAACCCCAAUUCCAACCCUAAUUCCAACCUCCAACCCAACUCAACCACCUAUCAUCUAUCUCGUUCACUCAAAUACCGCAUACAAUGCCCGUCGCAUCACUCGUAUUCAUGGGUAUAUAAUGAUUCAAUCAUUCAAUUAUUCAAUAUUCAAUCAAUCCAUCAAUCCAACAAAUAAACAAUCAAUCGUACACGUACUUCUUCUCCUUUCGUAUCAAAUACCAUAUCCAUCACUCUCUCUCUCAUCAUCAUCAUUAUCAUACAUAUGGAUACGUGCGCAGAAUCUUUGCAGUAGCUUAAUCAAACAAAGCUACAGACGGAUCUUUUUCCUCCGGGUUAUAUUUUUGUUGUGUGGUUGUGUUUCUUCUUCUUUUGAUUGGUUUGGUUCGGUUUGAUUGGGUGUUUGUUUCGGUUUCGAAGUUAUGGGAGUGGGAUAUCGGAUCUGGUAUAUUUCGAAUCGGGGGGUGGGUAUCAUUCGUGAAUCUUUGCGUGGUGAGGGAAGAAGUAAAAUCUUGGAUGGUGACGGUACAGUACGGUCCAAAAGUCCCGUCUCGUCAUCGGUCCGAACUAUCUCAUAUCGGGUUAUGCAUCGGCGGUAAUGUAUCCCCGUGUAAUCUCGGUGUUCUCUCCGAUUCCCCUCCCCUUCCCCUCACAGUACCUUCAUCACUUCCACUGGCCCCCACUGUACUAGUUCCCGCGCUCGUGCCUGUGCUCAAACCCCUCUUCAUCAUCUUCCCCAGAAUACUCACUAAUUCUGCCGCAUCUUCAAACAUAUCAUCGUCCAUUCCCUCGUCCGCAUUAUAGACUUCGCUAAUCGUCUUCCGGGCCAGUUCUCUCGACCGAUUCGCUUCAUCCAGACAAUCAUAUAUAAAUGCUGUGUAUUCGACUUUGACAGAGAGGCGCAGAGGGUGAGAACCCCAUAGUUGGCGAUCAGCAAGGAUGGAUGCGUCUUCGAAACAUUGGGUUGCGAAGGGACGGUAAUCGUGAGCGGGGAUGAGAAAACUUCCUGUGAUGUCUGGCACUGGAGAAAGAGACGGGU